ACACGAAGCUCGAUAGGUGACUCUGGGGGUCUUACUCGAUCAUCGUGUUCCGAUGAAGCGCGUCAUACGACUGCCUGUGUAAUUUUGUUAUUAGUAUUAGUAUAGAAACAGCGUCAGACAGUUCUAGAAAUCCUAAUUUUAAAUGACUGCACUAUUGCUCAUAUUAUUUAAAAUUUUAUCUAGUUAUUUUUUAAGACACACUUCAAGCUCUGAGGACCAGUUUCCAUCUUGUAGCUGCGCAAGAUCUAGGUCCAACAAUCAAUCGUUGUGAAGCAUGCCUAUUGCGGGACACACAAUAACUAAUCACUGUAAUACUAACGGUAGCCGAGUGGUAAAUAGUGGUACUACUAAUACUACAAAUGAAGUUGUUUGUGAUACUGUGAUAAACAUGUGUACCGACAAUGAAAAAAUUGUAUCUGGAGUAAAUCUGGUAGAAAAACGAAGUUUGUCGAAAAGUUUUUCAUGCACGUCUGAAGUCAGGCAGCUGAACCUUGGAGCGGUAAUUUUGGACGAAAACUUGAGUAGUAUAUCAGCUUCACAACUUCGUCGUGUGAUGUGCACCCAGAUCCCAUCUCUUCCCGCAUCUUUUGGGUUUUACACCAGAGAAGGAUGGCCAUUGAGAAGAGAUCAAGAACGAGUUGUAAAAGUUAGCCACCUUAUUAAUGAAAGAAGUUUGAUAUUAAUCUAUCGACAUUUUG